AUGGACACCAAAGGAAGCGGACCAGCGGGGCGACAGGCGCUUCUUGUGGCGGUUUUACUCGCGCGCAGCUUCGGUUUCCUGGCAUCUACAGAGCCAGGCGGUGAAGAACAGCAGCCAUCCCUGGAGUGGCGCGUCUUGGCUGCGCUGAACGGUGCCGUGGACGCACUCGCGGCUAACAUGGACGCCGUCUACUUGGACGCAGCGUUGGGACUGCGCGUCGCCGACGAUCGCCUGCGCAAGCUGGUUGACGAGGCUAGUGAGAGCGGGAGCACCACUUCUGGAACAACAGUACGCUUGAACGUGUCGAUUGAAGACAUCCGGACUGUCCAGCACAAAACAUCAGCUCUCGUGGACAUCGCCACCGUGCGUGUGCUAGGACAACAGGAAGCCAGCGCCAGCAAGACACUAGCACGUGGUCUGCUGAGCAAGGGUCUCUGGAAAAACCCACCCAUCUCCGCCGAUGCCUUUGAAGCCCGGAUUCCAGACGACGAGCCCGAGCUGGCAGCGUCGGACGUCAUCGAAGAGGUGUCCGACGGCUGCAUCCAGCAGCUCUUCGCCGGCCACAAGUGUUCCCAGCUGAACGACAGCUGUUGGGUGGCCAUGACGGGCGGGCGCCAGCGCGGGUACGCGCUUACGCACCAAGUGAUCUUCCUCACCGUCGGCAUCUGGCUGAACUGCACAGCGAAGUUGAACGCCCUGGCUAUGAAGCAUGGACAGCCACCGGCCGAUUGGAACCUGGCGUCCAAAUGCGCACGCGUGGCACACGACGCGCAGCUCAUAGUGGACGAGAACUUCCCGCUGAGCCUCAGGGAUUUGUUCAUGGAACAAGUUGCCGUGUGCGGCUUCAUGAAUCUACCACUCUUCAAGGAUCCCUCAGCCAUUGAGGACGUGCUUUCUUGGCAGAGGGACGAUGGUUGCUUCGUCAUUGAGAACCAGCCUGCUGCAAGUUUGCUUCCGCCGCGGGUCAGACGAGACGAACGCAAGGGCAAAAAUCAAUGUUCUCUGCACAUGACGAGCGUUGCCGCUGGAGCACUUGCUACCUACCUGCAGAUACUGUAUGAGAUGUCACUCGCCAAUGAGACAACUUGGAUGUGAACAGUGCUGAAGGAUACUCGAAUUCUAGUGCGAGAUGUGUGAUAUCCUCGUAUAGAUAAAAGAAACAAUAAAACUUUAGGCAGCUUC